AUGAGUAACCCCCCUCUGUCCCCUGUGCUCCCAGUCCCAGCUCCGUCCCCUGUGCUCCCAGAGUCCCAGCUCCGUCCCCUGUGCUCCCAGAGUCCCAGCUCCGUCCCCUGUGCUCCCAGAGUCCCAGCUCCGUCCCCCGUGCCCCCAGAGUCCCAGCUCCGUCCCCCGUGCUCCCAGAGUCCCAGCUCCGUCCCCCGUGCUCCCAGAGUCCCAGCUCCGUCCCCCGUGCUCCCAGAGUCCCAGCUCCGUCCCCCGUGCUCCCAGAGUCCCAGCUCCGUCCCCCGUGCUCCCAGAGUCCCAGCUCCGUCCCCCCGUGCUCCCAGAGUCCCAGCUCCGUCCCCCGUGCUCCCAGAGUCCCAGCUCCGUCCCCCCGUGCUCCCAGAGUCCCAGCUCCGUCCCCCGUGCUCCCAGAGUCCCAGCUCCGUCCCCCGUGCUCCCAGAGUCCCAGCUCCGUCCCCCGUGCUCCCAGAGUCCCAGCUCCGUCCCCCGUGCUCCCAGAGUCCCAGCUCCGUCCCCUGUGCUCCAUGUCUUCUGCCCAUUAACGUGUGUCUGUACUUUAUUGGGCUUGGGUUAGUAGGUGCAAAGGACAUCACCGUAAAGGGAUUAGAAAUUGUAAAGCAAUAAAUUUGUGUCAACCAGGAAGUGUACACGUCCACAUUGACAGUUGCACUGGAGGACUAUGGACGGAAGCUGAUACUGGCCGACGGACAUGGUGAAACAGAAGGGGACAUGGUGAAACAGAAGGCUGAUGAGCUCCUGAAAGAGUCUGAGGUCAGUGAGGUGGAAUUUCUUGUGGUAGGAGAUCCAUUUGCCUCCACCACCCACAGUGACAUGGUCCUGAGAGAAGUGAAUGCUGGAAUACAAUGCAGGGUCAUCCAUAAUGCCUCCAUGAACGCAGUUGAAUGCUGUGGCCUCCAGCUGUAGAACUUUGGAGAGACUGUGUCCAUUGUGUUCUGGACAGACACCUGGAGACCGGAAACAUUCUAUGAUGAAAUCAAGAAGAACAGGGACUUAGGGAUGCACACACUAUGCCUGAUUGCCAUUAGUGAGGAGAAGAUAUGCGUGGUCUGGCCAGGGUGGGAGCCGAGGACCAGGCCAUCCAAGACGGCAUCUUGUGACCUGGCGGCCCGCUACACUCCAUGAUCGUGACGGGUCACCUGCACCCGCUGGAGAUAGACAUAGCAUGUCUGUCAGCCACCACCCCCGACAUACAGCAGGACCUCAUGACAGACAGUACAACUCCUAAUGCACACACCCCAUCUCAAAACGAACUCUCAGGAUAUCUGAAGGUUCUCCACAAAGACAGUCUGAGACAGUUCCACCCAGGGCCAUGUGUUAGUUCCACCCAUAGGCCUACCAACUCUUAUCCAUACCGUUGUUGACUUGACUCGCCUAACAGAUGAACGACACAAAUGCAGCAGUAGGGUCAGGGUGAUGGAUCAACAUCAUGCCAUAAAAGGAGAGCCAGUGAUUGCUUUAGGGCUAUUGUACUCUGAAUACGCCAAUGUAUCCGGUAGUUUAAUCUCACUAUGGCCUUGGAAUCAGGGUCAACAAAUUCUUGACGCUCGCUGGUCAUUGUCUGUAUUGUGUCAUAAAAUGUCAUUAGCCUGAUUGAGGAGGAAAUGAAGAAAAUGUCAUUAGACUGAUUGAGGAGGACAUUAAGAAAAAGGUCACGGAGGAACACAACUGCUCAGUAACAGUGACUUGGUAAAAAGUGAAGCUGUUCUGUAGUCUUGUAUUGGAAAAUGACACAGACUAAGGAAAAUGCAAUCAGUUAUUUUAGGGUCAGUUACCCAGACCCAGAUCAACCAAUUCCUGGUCUUUAAAACCACUUUUUAAUUGAGAUUAUCCAAAGAGAAUGCUUUUAGGUGAUCAAAUUGUUGAGUGUUUGCUACUUCCCAUUUUUAUUUUCUUAGGCAAAUCGGAGACAACCUGGAAUGCUAUAGCCACCUUUUUCUGGGUCUGUAAAACCAGCCUUAAUAGUAUGACAUUUGGUAACGUAAUUAUUUACAGAUAGGAAAUCAUGGAUGACAAACAGAGCAAUUUCCUUGUUUAAAGAUAUGCACCACCUCUGUCAAAUAUGUAACAAUUAACAGUGGAACUAAACAAACAUUGAGAUAUACACAAGCUUAGCCAAACCUUUUCAAGGUGAAGUUUAAACUAUUAUCCCAUGUCAACCUCCAUUCCUGCAAACACAAAUAAUGAGAAAGAAUAUAAAAUGUGCAGUAAAAUCAUUUAUUACAUUUCAAAAGAAGAUUGGAACUGGCCAACUGCAAACUUAAGACCAAUGAGGAUAAUAAAAUCCUGGGUUUUAGGCUAACUUCAUUUUGAUAUCUGUUUCAACCAUCCCCUUUAACAAGGUGGUAAGCAGCUGUUCAUGGUUCAAAUAAAGCUGCUGUGUGCCAUCCAGGGAAUUAUGUCAAGCGUGGUCAAGAGGAAUUCUUACAACUUUCCCUUAGGAAAAAUUACCCUGACAACUCUCAAAAGGAUGUUCGAUCAAAGAUGGAACCAAAAGAGUUGGAAUAAGACCCACGUCGGCCGUCUGAUUCCCUCCGGGUCUUGAAGGACAUGAUGAUUCCAGUCGCACAUACGUAAACGAAUGGCUUCUCACAUGAGGAUAUGACUGAUUGUCCAUUAUUUGAUUCAAAAGGCACUUAAGAAACCCAGAAUGACAGUUGAAUGGCUCAAGUGUGCAAAGUGCAACUAAAUGGCCAAACGGAAUAUGCCCCCUAGUUAAUUAUGUGGGACUGGUAUGAUAGACGUACAAACGUUGGCUUAACACAAAACGUCCAUUGAAGUGUACUUAAACUCCUAUCAGACAAUAGUUAAAUGAAUUAAAACCCCAUCUUAAUGGGAAAAAGGAUCUAACCAAGACAUGCAGUAUGGCCCGUGAGUUCUCAGACAAAUGUCCUAAACAGUAGAAUGGGUGGAAGUGUGUGUGUGUGUGUGUGUGUGUGUGUGCAGUGUCUGAAGCAAAGUUCUUGUUUUCCUCGCAGACGUCACAUAAUUGGCAGGUUUUGGUUUCCAUCGUUUUUUUGUUUCCUCCCAAAAGUCAGUGUACUUGUCCUAUAGCUGCUUCUGUCUUGGUCCUUGGUUUGAGAUGUAAACUUUGAGAUCCAGAGAGAUGCGGGGGGAACA